CAUAACAAAAACAAAAAAUAACUACAAGUAAUUGUUGCUAUAUACAACCCAAUUAACAAUAAAAUAAAAUAAAAAAGUGUCUUUAAAUUUACGUGAAUUCGUGUAUGUGUGUGUUCAUUUAUUUGUGUAUAAUUUUGUGCAAAAAAAAUAAAAAAAAUUAGCGGCUUGGAGGUGAUCAUCAUGAAGUACAGAGGACGUGCUUGUCGUCAUAUUAUUUCUGUGUGUUUUUAAUAAUAAUAUUCACAAAAUUCUCCCCCUUUAAUUUUAUAUAAAAUUUUUAUCCUUUUUAACAUGUUGUGUGUAUGAUAUCCUUGCCUCUCUUUUUUUCCUUCAUCCUCUCUUGUCAAUUCCAUUUGUAUGUACACACACACAUACACAACCAAAUCAUCCAUGUUUUUUUUUCAUACAAGUGUUGGUAAAUUUAGUAACUCAGUGCGAGUAUUGUCGUGGUGCCCCGUAGUAGUGACUGCUAGUGACGAAUAAUAUACGCUCCCGUGUGGACGUGUAUUUAAUAAAAAAAUACAAAAUACAUGUUAUUAUUUUUUUAACUCCAAUUUAACAAGUGUUUAUUAUUUUAUUAAUAUUGUGACUGUUAUUAUUUAAUAAUAUAACCUAAAUGUGAAUUUUAUUUUUAAUUUUUUUAUGAUAUUAUUUACAUGGAAAAAAAAAAUACUGGCAGUGAAAAAAUUGUGAAAAUUUUUUGAUAAUAUAUACGUGGUGGAUUUAUACUUGUGUUGAUAAUGUUAUUAUUAUUUUUUUAUUAUUUCAUUUAACGUGUAGAGUUGUUGUUUAAUUAUUAAAUUUAUUAUUUUUUUGGUAAUUAUGCGAAACGACGCGACGCCAGUGUGGCAUAAUUUAUAUUUCAGUGUUUGCGAGUGCAAAACGAGAAACGUGAUCUCAAUGUGUGCCCUUGGACGCCGAUGAGGAGUUUACCUGAGACGCUGGAUCGACAUCGUGGACAAAGAUUGAAGAAGUCAUGGCUGAUGAUCGGAGCACGCCCCAAGGGGUUAUCUCCCAAGCUAUUGGACAUAUAUCAUCAGCACAGUCACCACCACCACCAACAUCACCAGCUUCAAAUACAUCAUCAACAUCAUCAUCUGUUAAAAAUUCACCACCAAGAGGUCCAAGAACACUUUUAUUAAAACGCUGUGAAAAUGGAUUUGGAUUUACACUUCGUCAUUUUAUUGUUUAUCCGCCCGAGUCCUGCUAUACAUUACCGGGACACGAGCGGACGAGAAUUGAUGAACCAAUGGAUACAAUAUUUGUAAAACAAGUAAGACCAAAUUCAUCAGCAUCUGAGGCAGGUUUAAGAACUGGUGAUCGUGUUGUAUCUGUUGAUGGUGUACCAACAAGAGGUGAACAAUAUUCAAGUGUUGUACAAAGAAUUCAACAAGCUGGUGCAUGGUUACGUCUUCUUGUUGUAUCAAAAGAAGACGAUAUAUUACAAAGAUAUUUUGGUGAAACUGCUCAUAAUCCAGAAACAAAUCAACGUCCAGCAAGAUUACGUUCACCUGAACGUAUAUUACAAAAACAAAGACGUUCAAUGAGUAUGAUACCUGGACCAUCAUCACGUUCACGUCAAUCAUGGAUGUGUUCAACAUUACCUGGUACAGAAAAUAAAACAACAACAAAAGGUGCUACAUCACAAUAUUACAAUUCACAUGAAGAAUCAAUAAAAGAUCAAACAGCAAUAAAAAUGACAUCAGCACCAAAUAUACAAAGACGUCCAUUAGUUGAAUCACGUAAUAAAGAUUCAAUAUAUAAUAAUAGUAAUGAACGUAUACAACAACGUCGUUCAUUACCACAAGAUGUUGAUACAAAAUUAUCAACAUCAUCAUCAACAACACCGUCAUCAACAUCAUCAACAACAACAAAUACUGUUUAUCGUCCAAGUGACAAUCAUACACGUUUCGAUUUAUAUGAUAGAACACGUCCAGAAUCAAUUUAUUCACGACCAAGUAGUGAACAAAUAUAUGAUCGUAUUAAAGAUCCAAUAUAUGAACUUGUACAUCCAGAAUUAAAUACAGAAUUUAGUAAAUCAUUGGAUCAUCAAUAUCCAAUGUCACAUGCUGAACCACAAGUACCAAUAUAUCGUUCAAAUAAAAGAGUUGUUACAAGACGUGCCAGUGAGGGUUGUAGUAGUAGUGGUGAACAAUUAAAUGAUAAUAAUAAUAAUAAUAGCAAUAAUAAAACAAUAAAAAUACAAACAACAAUUGAUCCAACAUCACGUUUAAGUAUUGAAUCACAUAGAGAUACAUCACCAGCAAGUAAAGAUAGUAGUAUAUCAUCAUUUGAUUCAACAUCAACAUUAACUGGUAAUGAAUGUUCUGAUGAUUCAGUUAUUAUGACUAGAUUAAGAAAAAGUUUUGAACAAAAAGAAGAAUUUUUACGUAGACCAAGUCAUCCAAUUGGUUGGCUAUUACCAGAUGAUAAUAAUAGUAGUAAAAAUCCAUUAUUACCAUUAAAUAAUAGUGGUAUUAUACAACGUGAAUUUUAUGCUAGACCACAAAAAUUACAACGACAAGUAUGGCCACCAAUUGAACAACAACAACAACAACAACAAAAAAGUGAUAUAUUAUUAAGCAAUAAUUAUGAUGAACGUAUUAAAAAUAGCUGUAAAACAAAACAACAAAAUAAACAUAAUGAUAUUGAUAAUAAUCAUCAUGAUAUAUAUAAUGAUAAUACAAAUGAUGAUUUAGAUAAUAUUGUUGAGGAUGCACAAGCAAUUAGAGAUCGUUUUUAUUCAUCACUUUAUGAUACAAAUGGACAAUUUAAUAAAAAUAAUCAUUUUUCAUAUUCUAAAAAUAAUGAUUUACGAACUACAACAAAUAAUAAUCAUCAUAAUCAUACAAAUAAUACAAAUCAUAAUAAUAAUAUUAAUAAUAGUAAUAGUAAUAAUAACAAUAAUAAUAAUAGUAAACAAUUUAUAACAACAUUAUCAAGAAUACAUGAAAAUGUACAAGGACAAGGACAAGUACAACAACAACAACAACAACAAAGUAUUCAAGAAAAUAAAAAUGGUACAUCAUCAUUACCAUCAUCACCUGUACCAGAUAAAAAAUUAGAUAAACUUACAGCAACAGUAUCACCACCAGCUCCAACACCACCACAAGGCUUACAGAUUGUAUCAAAAAGAGCUAAACAAUUUGAAAGUGGUAGACUUUUGAGUGAUGAUGAUGAACCAACAAGUGAUCGUACUAAUUUAUAUAAAAGUGAACUAUCAAGAUUAUCAAAUAAACGUAGUGUUCCAAAUGUUGCUGUUAGAAAAAGAGAAUUUGAAUCAAAAGCUGAGUCAAAAGAUAUCAGAAGAAUUAUUGCAACACGUGAAAGUAAAUCAUUAGAUUCAUCAGCUAAAGGAUUAUCGGGAAAUAGAAUUAUACCAAUUGGCAGCAAACAUAUUCAUUGUGAACUUCCACCUGGUUAUAUUAUUGAAAAUAAAGAACCAUUGGUGACGGAUAUGGAACCGGUUAGACUUCGAGCACGUAGUAAUAGUGUUGAAUCUUGGAACGCAAUAAAUGGUGAUACAAGUCGACGAGGCGUUAGAAAUACUUGGCAAAAUGAUGAUGAAGAUGACGAUGACGACGAUGAUGAUGACGAUGACGAUGAUGACAACGACAACGAAAUUCGAAAUAGCAAAGCUAAACGACAAGACAGCUAUCUCGAAGCUGUCAGAACACAAAAAAAUGUACAAGAAAAACAACAACAACAACAACGUCAAGCUGAGAAGCUAAUAAAUGGUACAGCAAAUGAUCAUCAAAAAUCAUCUUUACACCCAACAACAACAACAACAACAACAACAAUAUUUGAGGCUCGUGUGACACCGAGUAUCACAUUACCAAGUGUUACAAUAAGUCCACCACAACCAGUACGACCCAAUCAUCUUCCCAUUACAAAUCCAUUACGUCCUCUUGAUAAUUGUCUUACCACAUAUCAACAACAAUAUAACAACAGUGACAACAACAACAGUGAAGACACGACUAUAGCUCCAGGCUCAAAUACAACAGCAACAAAUGGAGUAGUACUGAGACGACAAAAAAACAAUCAGAUAAGUGAUGAAGAUCGUGCAACAAGGCGAGUGUCUUACCUCAAGGCAACUUGGGGCGAACGGAUGCACGUUGAUAGCGACCUAGAACUCAGUGAUUCUGAACCAGUUAACCAGUCACUUCGAAGUGCACACAGACGAUGGAAACCACCACUAUUUCCAAGUGACAUAACUCCACUUCGUCGUAUCUUUGAAGAUGUUACACAGGCAGCUCAUCUUCAUCUCAAUUAUCAUAAUCGUAGUAUUUCAAGUCCUCAUACUGCAAGUGGUAAUUUGAAGGACAUCGAACCAGUCGAACGAGAGGGAUCUCUUCAUGUCAAGUUUACAGUGCUAGAUGGAAAGCGAUCAACUGAUAGAUCAUGGAAACAAGUUUGGGGUGUAUUACGAGGACCAAUUUUAUACUUUUAUAAAGAUCGUCACAGUCAGAGCCCAUCAGCAACAAGUGAUGGUGAUGCAGGACAAAAUGUUGAUGUAAGAUGUUCACUGGUUGAUGUUGCUGAUGAUUAUACAAAAAGAAAACAUGUUUUACGUGUUGCAAAUCCAACAGCUGAAGUAUUAUUACAAACAGAUGAUGCAGCAUCAAUGGCACUUUGGUUACGAUCACUUCAUAAACAUGCUGCUGCUGAAAAAAUUACGGAUGUUAAUUCAAGUACAUCAAAACAACAAGCAGUACCACAAACACCAGGACCAACAACAACACCAAAUUCUGGACAAAUUGUACAACGUUUAAGUCCAUUACCAAGUCACAAAGGAAUACGUAAAUUAACAUCAUUUAGAAAUCGUUCACCAACUGGACAAUCACCAGUUAAUAAAACACGUAAACCAAGUCAAACAGUUGAACCACUUGCAUCACCAAAAUCAAAAACAUGGAAAGGACGUGUUGCUAAACAAUUAAGACGUAUGCAUGGACAAGCUGGUUCACCAUCAUCACCAACUGCUCAAUUACCACCUGAAGGUGCAACAUUUAAAGUUCCAUUAGAACUUUGUCCAAUGUCAUCAUUUUCUGAAUUUAUACCACUUAUUGUUGAAAUGUGUACGAGUAUUGUUGAAGCAAGAGGAUUAGAAGUUAUUGGUAUAUACAGAGUGCCUGGUAAUACUGCUGCAAUUUCACAAUUAACUGAAAGUGUUAACAAAGGAUUUGAAAAUAUAAAUUUACAGGAUCCAAGAUGGAGUGAUGUUAAUGUAAUAUCAUCAUUGCUUAAAUCAUUUUUCCGUCAAUUACCUGAUUCUUUAUUGACUGCCGAUUUAUAUCCAAUGUUUAUUGAUGCUGAUAAAAUUGAAGAUCCACAAAGAAGAAUGUCAACAAUAAGAAAAUUAUUACGUGAUUUACCAGAAUAUCAUUUUGAAACAUUAAAACAUUUAAUGUGUCAUUUAAAAAAAGUUGUUGAACACAGUGAAAUUAAUAAAAUGGAAGCUAAAAAUUUAGCAAUUGUAUUUGGACCAACACUUGUUAGAGCAAGUGGAUCAAGAGAUAAUAUGGUUACAAUGGUUACUGAUAUGAGUCAUCAGUGUAGAAUUGUCGAAAGCUUAUUGAACAAUGUCGAUUGGUUCUUCUGCGAAGAAGACUUAGACGACUUGAGCAGAUUAAGUGUUAACCUUAGUCUACCAGCAGAUGGUAGUGAAAAUGAAACAUCAAAUACAAAUCACAAUUUAUUACUAAACAACAUUCAAAAAGUUGAAGGCAUGCGUGAAAUGGUAUCAGCUAAGGAUAUUGUAUCAUCAAUAAUAUCCGCAGCAAACAGAAAAAUUCAAAGGAGAAGAAAAGGACCAGAAGAACACGAGGGUGAUGAUCAUGAAGAUGACAAGUCUAAAAUAAAGCAAGAUGCUGAAACACUUGUACGCCAAAGUAUGGCUCUAAAUGAGCGUCAAUGUAGUGUCAGUGAAAUAGUUUUGAUGCAUGAAAUUAAAAGUCAGCCAAAUAAUACAAGUGAACGUAAUGAUUGUGGUCAAACAAUGCCAGCAACAACCACAACAGCAACAACAACAGUAACAAAUAGUCCAAAGUAUUCUAAUAAUUCACAACAACAAUACCCAACAGUAUCAUCAUCAAGUAUUGAUUCACCAAGAUUAUCAUCAUCAGAUAAUUGUUGUACUGGUAGUCUUGAUACAGUAUCAACAUUAUCAAAUUUAUCAAGUGAUACUAAACAAAGUGGUAAUGAUGAAGUUGCUAUUCGUACAUAUGCUGGUCUAUCAGCAACAACACAAGAAAGAAUACGUAGAUUUGAACAAGAAACAAAAGCAAUGUUACAACGUGAUCAACACAGACAAAAACGUGAAGCUGAAAAACGUGAUGAAGAAAGAAAAAGAAUCGAAAUGGAAUGGCAAAAUGCUAAACGUGAAAUGGAAAAUGAUGAUAUUUAUGAUGGUAUUUGUAUGGAUAAUAAUAAUAUUGAUAAUUCAUCGUCAUAUUUAACUGAUCGUAUGAGUAAUUUAAGUGACAGAAUAUUUGAACGUAAUUGUGGUAAUGAUAGUGGUAAUGAUAGACACAGAUCGAAAUCAACAACAAGAUUAACACCAAUGUCAAUUGCAUUACAACAACAACAACAACAAUCACCAUCAUCAACAACAUCAUCAGCAACUGCAACACAAAAAGCACAUGCAACAUCACAAUUAAGUUGUAUUAUUGGUGAUAAAAUAAACAAUGGUGUUAUUAAGAAAUUUAAAAUUGACAAAGAACCUUCUAUGGAAUCAUUAGCACCAACUCGUUAUGGCAGUUUGGAUUCAUUACAUGAAGUUCAUACAUCACCAUCACCAUCACAUCAAACCCGUGGAAUACCUGGUGACAUUUCCGAUGAUGGAAGCGAUCUAUUGACCAGUUUAACAUCGACAUUCGAUCGCAAAUGGAAAUCACUUGUUAAUCCAUCAAGUAUACUGUUGAAUAAUACAAAUGUAUUUAAUGAAAAAAAAGAUAUUAAUGAUGACACUGAUAGCAAAAAAACAAUAUGUACAGCUGAAGUAUUUCGUGAUCCAAGUUUACACAGAUCAGUUGGUGAAAUGUCACAUCAAAAUCGAAAGAGAAAUGACUCAUUGGAUAAAGAAAAUCAAUCACCAGUCACAAAAUGUACAGAUAAAUUAAUAUCGAAAUUAAAGACAACACCUGACAAUGAUCUUAUGUCACGUCAUAAUAAUAUUAUCGAAAUAAAUACAACAGCAACUGAUUCAUCAGAUGGUGGUUCAAUACUUGAUGCAACUGAAAAAGAUGAAAAUUCAAAAAUACCAGAAAAACAUAUUAACAAUAAUCAAGAUGAUCAUACAACAAAUAAACCAUCAAUAUCAAAUGAUAAAAAACAAACAACAAAUAAUAAUAAUAAUGAUAGAAAAAUACCAGAUAUAUCAUAUACAAAUAAAUUAAAAAAAUUUGAAAGUUUAAGUGAAGCAACAAAUGAAACACGUUCACGUUUAAAAAGAUCUGAAUCAUUAAAUAAACGUACUGAAAUAAAUUCAUCAAAAUUAAAAAGAUCAGAAAGUUUAAAUAAACAUUCUGAUCGUUUAGUUGUAUCACCAACAAAUAGUAAAUUGAAACGUUCUGAAUCAUUAAGUAAAAAUGAAAAAACCGAAUGUAAUAUUAGUAAACGUAGACAAACAGUUAGAAAAGAUAAUUCAACAAAAUUAAAAAGAAAAAAUGGUAUGCCUGAACGUUCAAUAAAACGUCGUCAUACUGUUGGUGGUACAAAAGAUUUUGAUAAAGUACAUUGGCUUGAUAAUAAAUUACAAUCAGAUAAUCAUAUUGUUAUUAAAAAUGAUGAUGAUAAUAAUAUUAUUAUUAAACCUAAAAAAAGUCAGUUACGAACAAGUUCACCUGAUUUAAGUAGUAAUCGUGUUAAUGUUAAUAGUGAUGCUAGUUUUCUUAUUGAAGUUAGUUUUCGUGGUCCUAGUAAUGUUGUAUUUAAUGUUACAAAUACAAGACCACAAUCAUUGCCUGAUGCUAAUUUAGCAUCAAAAAAUUUUAAAGUACCACUUGAAAGUCAUGUUUAAAUUAUUAAUUACAUCAAUCAAUUUUUAUCAAUACAAUAUUAUUUCAUUUAACAAAUGAAACACUAUAAUUUCGAAAAUAUUUUUUUUUUUUUUUGCUAAUCAUCAAUCAUAUCAAAUUUUUAAUUGAAAAAUAAUAAUAAUAGAAAUAUCAUUAAUAUAUAAAUUUAUAAAAGAAGAAAUCAUGGUCAAAAUAUAUAUAUUUUUUUUUUAAUUAAAAUCAUCAACUAAAUGAAAAUAUUAUUAAUAUUUUUACUUGUAAAUUUUGUGAUUUUAUAAUUUUCAUUUUUUUAAUUAAUUAUUUUUCUUUUUGUUUAUUGUCUAUUAAUAAUUUAUAGAUAUUUUUUUUUUUUUGUAUAUUUUAUUCAAUUUUAAUGAUAUUUUAAGCUGUCGUUUAAUUAUUUUUUUUUUUAAUUAUAAAAAUACACACAAAGUGAUUAAAUGUUGAAGAAGAAAAAUAUAAUAAUUGAUAAUUGUUUUUUUAUUUUUAUUGUGUAAAUAAAUGCCCGAGAGAAAAAAGAAGAGAGUUUUUCCAAUGGCUCUUUAGUUUCUUUUUUAGCUUUUUAAGUUGAUUUUUAC